AUGGAAGUGACCGUCAAUCGUCCGCUUUCCACCGAAAUCGCCGCCGAUGACACAGCCGCUCUCAAAGCAACCGUCUCCGAGCUCGCCUUCGACGUUGAGAAAGUGGCCGACCUCUUCGAGAAAGCCAUCGUCGCCGAACAUGACAGUGAUGUGACGCUUCCGCUUUUUGUUGCCGCCUAUGAGGAGCUAAACAAGUUCAUCGGAAUGCUCGGCAAAAUCUUCCAUUUUGUGCAAGUGGAUAUUCGAUCGAAGACUACACGUUUGCGUGAGUUGAACAAAAAAGAGCCUGAAAAGUACGACUCCGUGGAUGCUUUGUUUGCGCACGAGGUAACGUCGAAGAAUUAUCAAGGUGCAAAGAGUCUUCUAGCACUGCACCGAGCUUUGCAAUUUAUCGUGGACUUCAUGGAGGCUCUCGCCAGUGCAAACAAUGAUUCGAGCGUUGCGGAAAUUUGCCGACUGUCUUAUGGUCGGACGCUCGCUAAGCAUCACGGAUGGGCUAUUCGACAAGCCGUUUCACUUGCUGCGUACACAUUGCCGUCCCGGAAGAAUCUGAUUCUUUGCGUCGUGGAAGAGCCCCCUUCAGAAGAGUUUGUCAAGAAGGCGAUCCUGCGAGUCGUGGAAAGCGGAAAAUCGGUGUUCGAGCGUGUCAGCAUCUACUAUGAGAAGCACGGCUUACAUCAACUUAUU